AUGGCCGACGACGAGACUAGACGCGAAACCUCCAGACUCUGGCGCGUCUGGAAGACCACCAAGCAGCUGUGCUACGACAGAGGCUACGAACUCGCCGAAGACGAACUCGAUGUCUCUCUCGACCAGUUCCGCGAUCAAUGCGGCGACGGCAGCGGCGCAGUCAACAAAUCAAAAAUGAACUUCCAAGCCCGCCCCUCAGAAGCCAUGCUCACAAAAUACACCGCCCUGCCCACCAAAUCCAACCCCAACCCCGAACCCCAAAUCGGCACCAUCUACGUCGAAUUCAGCACAGAAACCGCAAUCGGCAUCAAGCACCUGCGCAACUUUGCCCAAUUCCUCAACGACCGCAACUUUUACUCUGGAAUCUACAUCACCAGUGCUUCUGUGACUACCUCUGCACUUAAACAAGCUGCAAAUCUACCUAUUGGGAUUGAAGUUUUCCAAGAGACGGAUUUGCUGGUUAAUAUUACCAAGCACGAGUUAGUGCCUAAGCAUAUCUUGCUGAGUCCCGAGGAGAAGAAGGCACUGCUUGAUCGUUAUCGUUUGAAGGAGACGCAGUUGCCUCGUAUCCGUGUUGAGGAUCCUGUCGCCAAGUAUCUGGGUCUGCGUAGAGGUCAGGUCGUCAAGAUUAUCAGAAAGUCCGAGACUGCUGGUCGUUAUGCCAGUUACCGCUGGUGUAUAUGA